AUGUUGGCGCAAGAACUGUCGAUGGACCUCCCGGUCAUCGAUCUGGAUGUCUUUCUCAACCAACCCCGCGACUCGUCAGCGGUGCAGGCCGAGUGUGUCAAGGCGGCCGAGGCUCUCAUAACGUACGGCGCGUUGGUGCUGCACGACUCGCGCGUGGCGGACCAGGACAAUGAGACCUUUCUGGAUCUGCUCGAGGACUACUUUGCGCAGCCCGAGGCGGACCUCCGAAAGGACGAGCGGCCCGAACUAGCAUACCAAAUCGGAGUAACGCUCGAGAACACUGAGAAGCCCAAGUGCGCCGUCGACGAACCGUGCCUUCAGGUCAUCGAGCGGCUGGCCCCCUCGGAGCGCCCGCUCGACAUUUCGGCUCACUCGCCGGACCCCAAGUGCCGCUUCUUCUGGCGCAUGGUUGAGUCGCCGCCGUACACUUCUAAGUUCCCGACGCUCAACGCGGACAACAUCAUCCCGGACGCGCCACACAUCAGGGAGCGCUGGGAACCGACCAUGAAUCAGUGGGGGACGUCGAUGAAGAAUGCCGUUGAAGACCUCACCCAGAUGACCGCCGUCGGCCUGGGCCUCGAGGCAGACACAUUCAAAGAGGCUGGCCGAUACGGCUCCCACCUCCUCGCGCCCACCGCCUCCGACCUAGCCAAGUACGGACAAGUGGACACGAUCCUAGCCGGCUUCCACACGGACCUCAACUUCCUGACCAUCCACGGCCGCUCACGCUACCCCGGCCUGCACAUCUGGGCGCGCAACACGGGCAAGCGCAUCCCCGUCAAGAUCCCCGCCGGCGGCAACUACCUGCUGGUUCAGGCGGGCAAGCAGCUGGAGCACGCGACGGGCGGGCUGGUCAAGGCCGGGUACCACGAGGUGGUGGUCAAUGACGCCACCGUGCGCGCCAUCGAGGACCGCCGCGCCCGCCUGCCCGACCGGCCCCUGGUGCGCAUCUCGUCCACCUUCUUUUGGCAUCUGGCGUCCGACCAUGAUUUGGUACCCAUUCCGGCCCUGGCCGAGAAGGCGAGGGCCGUCAGGGCCCAGCAGUUUGAUUUGGGCAAGGAUGAGGGCGAGGAGGUCCAGUAUCCGCCGAUGAAGGUCGGCGAGCAGGUGCAGAGUGAGCUCAAGCACAUCGCCCUCAUGGCAACUAGCUGA